AUGGUUACAACACGACGAAUGGCUACGGGCACUCAGCCAAAGGCCCAGCCUCUACCGGCUAAGCCUUCCAAGGCCGAAAAGGCCGCUAAAGACGCCAGACUAAAGAUUGAGAGGGAGGAAAAGAAGGCCGAGAAGGCUGCAGUGAAGGCUCUAAAUGAUGCGAAGAAAGCUGCAACGAAGGCUGAGAAGGAUGCGACCAAGGCUGCAGCCAAGGCCGAGAAGGACGCAAAUAAAGCUGCAGCAAAGGCUGCGGCAAAGGCUGCCAAUGCCAAAAGCACCACAAAGCGCACAAAGCGCACAGGUGCGAAGACGAAAGGAACCAAAACCACCAAAAUCGCCAAAACUGCCAAGAAGGCGAAGGCCGCGAAGGCUUCAGCAAACCGAUAUGAUGAAGACGAGGACGAAGAUGACGACGACGAAGAAAGCGAAGAAGAACACUAUGAGCCUCAGGCCAAAAGGCGCAAGGUCGAGACUCGGGCUCCUCCCAAUCUUCGCGUGGAAAUGGGCCCGCCCAAAGCAAAGCGUCCGGCUUUAGGAAUUGGGGAAUGGGUGUACAUCAAGGAAGCCUUUCUCCCAGAAGGUAUCGAGAACGAAGAUAACAGACUUCUACCACAAAUCUACAUUGGAGGUGCUGCACCGCAGCCUCGUUGGGUGAUCACUCAGACCCAAAGCAUAAAACGACCUGCCUCAAAUGCCAAAUCCAGCAGGCCUGAUGGCACGAAGGACUUCGGCAGUCUACAAUGGACCUUUGAAGAAGGUGACUUCGAGAAAUGGACCGGGCUAGAAUACCCAGCUCUUUACGAACUUGCGUACAAGUGCCUCGAAUACACGCUCACUGAUACAGAGGUGCGGGAGCAGAUCUAUGGAUCCCUGGCCCACCCCGCGGGUCCCUUGCCCAAGGCCGUGACUGUCGGGGACAAAUGGCAACCAGCUCUGCCGCCAGCACCCAUCACGAGGCACUUUUCGUCAGGCUCCGAGCAAACUAGUCGAAAGUCAAGUGAUACGGCCUUUUACUUCCGCGACUAUAAGCGUCCAAACAUGGCAGUCCAAUUGGAUAAAAAGCCCAUGGCGAAGCAGUAUCCGCAUGCCGUGACUACCCACAUCUAUAAUCGAGCGACAUCGGAGGCAUGGCCCACUGCCCGCGCUCUGCAAGUCCGGACGCAGAAAGCGAACGGGGCAGCACCUUACCUGGAACGAAAUCCAGAGGCCACUUACUCGGAACCGACAAUCACUACUACCGCUCUUGGAAAUGAGCAGAACCGCAAGCAGGACAGCGAGCAAGACAGCGAAGAAAAUCAGUCAGUCGAUUCCAGAAGGUCGUCUGUGACCAGGAACUCUAGCCUGGAACUGAAUCCAGAGAGCACUUAUUCGGAACCGACAACGCCUGUGCCUCUAGGAAACGAUGAGAAAAUUUCACGAAUUGAUACAAUCUCGGAAGAUGGUUCAAUCUUUGGCGACGGCGAUGACGUUCAGGCUGAGCCCAACUCAGCUCGGGACUCUCGAGAGCAAUCGCCUAAUGGCGUUUUCUCCGGCUCCGGCUCCGGCAGCGAGGUCAGCGCUUCUUCCAAGACCAGUGAGACUAUCAAGGUCAACGUCGCUGACGAUAAUAGCGCUCAAUCGACGAAUAGCCUGUCCCCAGUAUCCCAUGAUGGGCUCUUCAGCCCUGGACAGAUUGAGAGGUAUUAUAGCAAGAAGCAAAUGAAUUUUGAAAGGUUAGGCGGAAUUGAACAUCAUGAAGGGCCAGAACGAAAGCGUCAAGCACAGCCAUCAUCAAAUUCCGAAAGGGAGGCGCUGGAUGCACUGGAAGGUACACAUAAGGAGGCGGAGGCAAGAGAACUCGAAACGGAAGAGGUGUCAAACCCAAGUGAACGAAUGCGCAUGGAGUCAACGCCAUCAUCACCACCAGCUUCGACUCAAAGGAAGACAGCGGCUGGGAUCAGGGUGGAUAAAAUUAUGUCAUCCGUACGAGCAGAACAAGGAAAACGGAACGAAAUGCGAGCAGCUGCAGCGGAGAAAAUAUCAGACAGGCCGCCGGUGGCACUGUUGAAGAAGACUACAGGGAAUCAGACGGGUGCAAGAUCACAGGCGGACGCACCUAGUCCUGAGAUUCCGCCUAAUCUGCAAGAUGGGUUUCUGGAACAGACAAAGGCAUAUCUAAAAGAUCCAAUUCAGAGGGCGAGACAUUUCCCUGACCCUCUGGCUGUUCGCCGAGUAAGAGUGUGGGCAGGGGAGGAAUUGGCGGGCCAUAAGAUCAAACCCACAGUCGACGCUACGCUACCCCCUUGGGCUGAAAGGCACCGGCCCUUCAGUCAAUGGCAGGAUCCAAUUGGGCUAGCGCCUGUGCCUGCGACACGCACAAAGGUCUCGAGAUCGAAAAAGCGGAGCAAGGGACAAGGUAAGAGAAGGCCAAGACCAGCAUCUGCAAAAGAGCAGUCAGUCAGUUCAGCCCGGUGGUCAUCGUUUAGAUAA